GUAAAGACGCUCACUAUGAUAACCAAAUUUUUGCAAAGCUUCGAAGAUCCAGACAAACCAUUUUAUGGUCCAAAUUUUUGGAUCUUAACGAAAACUGGCUUGAUACUACCUGAAAACAAAAUAGCAAAAGCAUUAUACAUCUUGAUGCAUGAAAUUGUUGCAUUUUUCGUGUUUACUCAGUACAUAGAGCUCUACAUAAUAAGAUCAAACUUAGAUUUGGUGCUAACUAAUCUCAGGAUUUCUAUGUUGAGUGUCGUCUGUGUUGUUAAAGCUAAUACGUUUGUAUUUUGGCAAGAAAAAUGGAACAAAAUCAUCGACUACUUAACUGAAGCAGAUAGCGUUGAACGGUACAGCAACGAUCCAGAAAGGAAGAAAAUCAUUGACAAAUAUACAAACUACAGUCGUAGAGUGACAUACACCUACUGGGUAUUGGUUUUUAUCACCUUAGCGACUACGAUUGGAUCUCCAUUCAUUCAUUUCGUAUCUGCAUCAUAUCGAGAGAGCCUACGCAAUGGGACUGAACUAUUUCCUCAUAUCUUAAGUUCCUGGAUGCCCAUCGAUAAGAACCAUUCGCCUGGUAUUUUUAUUACGAUCGUGUGGCAUUUUACUGUAACUUCUUAUGGAGCUUUGAUAAUGUCAUCGUACGACACCAGUAUUAUGGUCAUCAUGGUUUUCUUUGGCGGAAAGUUGGAUGUACUACGCGAGAGAUGCAAGCAAAUGCUGGGCACUGGUGAAGUUGAACUCAGCGAUGAUGAAGUAGCUGCCAGAGUCCGAGAACUCCACAAUACUCAUGUUCUCAUCAUGAAACAUUUAAGAUUAUUUGACUCCGUGUUAUCGCCGGUUAUGUUUGUCUAUGUGGUGAUGUGCUCUCUGAUGUUAUGUGCAAGUGCAUACCAACUUACUUCUGCAACUAACGCUGCUCAGAAGCUUUUAAUGGCGGAGUAUUUAAUUUUUGGAAUAGCACAGUUGUUUAUUUUCUGUUGGCACAGCAACGACGUUCUUGUGAAAUCUGAAAAUGUGAUGCUCGGUCCCUACGAAAGUCGAUGGUGGGAUGCGAAUGUUCGCCAAAGGAAAAGUAUUUUGCUCCUUGCUGGCCAGCUGCGAAUCAGCAAAGUACUAAGCCCGUUUGCUAUGGAAAACCAAAACCCUCAAGAGAGAUCCGUUCCGAUUCAAUAUGUUCGCGGAUCCAGAGCGUUUCGUCAGUUCAAGAAUCCACCUCAACCGCACAUGUGUAUCCAGGAUACUAUAAAGGACACGACAGAAAAACUAUUCAUAAACGUGUUGGGGUGGCAGAAAAUAGCUAAUCCAAAGCAGUACAAUGAUCCUAUCCCAUUGUAUGGAGGAAUGCAGGUGCCGCAAGGCUGUGGACCAAACAGUAAUAGGCCUCCUCUCUUAGUAUUCGCAGUAAUGGUAAAUCCAGAUAUCUUGAAAGCAAAUGGCAAGAAUGCAACUAAUCCAACUGACAGAGAGGCCCUUGUGAGCCUCCUUUGUGACUUUGUAGAGGCCAUGAACCCGGGUCUGCUUCUGACUCGGAGUCCUGUUAUCCUUAAAGACAGGGACCUUGCUGGGGAGCUAAAAGAUGUGUGGCUCGCUGUCCAAAACAAACGGGAGCGGGAAAAGGGGAUGAGCCAAGAUGUUAUGUAUAAGGUGUAUGACAUUGAUGGAAUUGGCAAUGAGGACAUCAAUGAAGAAGAUAAAAUGAAUUCAAAAAAUUGUAAGCAAAAUGACUGUGGCUCCCCCAAUAGAUCACACAGUGACAAGAAGAAUGUUGUUAAAUCAUCCAAACAAAUUCUAAUGAAUGCUGGACAAAAGUCUGAAUUUGAUUCGGGGAUGAACAAUUGCCAACUGAAUCAGAACCAUCCCAGCAGAGACAACAGGUGCAGCACAACACAAGCAGACACAACAUACUGCACCCCGGUCUACGGCCAGAUAGUGUCGAGCAGAGAAAAUCACAAUCAAAUCAAUGAUAUACAACAAAAAUUUUCAUCAAGUGAAACGACAAAACCCUCAAGCUCCUUUAGGAAAGAUUGGAAUCCAGUUCAUGGUAAAACCACUGAAGGCUGGGAUGAAUUUUCCAAACGUAACAUAUCCUCUAUAAGCAAAGAAGGCGAUGUGAAAAAACAUAGGUACAUCAAAAACGAAAAAGAUAAUAAGCAAGUGAGUAACGGUAAGUCUCAGUACGAUUUCUUUCCUGUCUUCGACAAUAAAGCUUCGAUGAGGGUUUCGGACUCCAACGAAGAAAGCAACACUCCUGAAAAUAGUAAAGAACAAGAAUUGAGUAACGAGGACAAUUCUAAAAUAAUUUUAGAUGCAGUGCAGAAGCUAGUUCUGCAGCCGACUGAUAACAAACUAUGUGAUAAUAAGACAAGUGCUCUCAGCUCAAUAAGCUCAUAAUUUUAAAGCUUUUACAAACAAUUUUGUAUGGCAGGUAAAUUUGUAUUGCUUAGAUGCUGUUUGUGGGACAUGGUAUAUUGUAAUUAUGAUCAAAUGUGACAGCAAUAUGAAAUGUUAGCACACAACUAGUCAGAUUCUUUUUGAAUAAUGAAUGAGCAGUUUUGAAUUGCUUAUUACUGACCGUAAGUAAAUAAUUCUUUAAAUAAGACAGGUAAGAAAAAUGAUACUGUUGUUUUCACAGAAUGUUUGUGUGAAUUUUAAAUUCAGAUAUAUACCUUAGGAUUAAACUUUGCUAUGUUUGAUACAAUUUGACGAAUGAUGGUGGAUUUAAGCUAUUGUGCAUGCAGUGUGAGAGUUUAUUUGUUUACAUGGUUGUGUAUUUUCAUAGGAUAUUUGCGUGAACACGAUCAAAUUGACGCGUGACAUGUAUUUAUUGAUGAUGCUAAAUGAGUGAAUUUUGUAUAUUGCUAUAUGUUUCAUUGUUGCCAAUUUGAAAUUUAAUAUUUUAAAGUUGAUACAUUAAUGAACAAGAUUGAUAUAGUUUUUAAAAUGUAUUGCUCAUUAAAAUUCUAAACAUUUCGCUAACAAUUUUAUUCAAUAAAAGAAACUUGAUCUCACUUUUAAUAAUAACGUAAUCCUGUUGUGUCUAGAUGAAUGUCAAACACUGCCAAAAUGAAUACCUUUUCACAUACGUAUUUGCAUAAAUUGAUUUAGAUCUAACUUGAAGUAAAUCUCAAAUAGAGUUAGUAACCAAAUAUUGUUAGGGUAAAUUUUAUAAUGGUUGUUUAGUCAGCUUAUAAUCCAGUGUAAUUUUAAGUUAUAUUCAAAUGUGCAAUUUUUUGGUUCUCAUAACUGUUUAUUUUGUUAAAGUAUUUUUAUAUUUG